ACCUUGGGUUCAGAUAUGAACUUUACAAGUAUGUUCCCUCAGAAUAACAUACAAUAUUUGACCACAUAUGUAAAUCUGUAAGUCUGAUCUGAAAUGUUAAUUUGCGUGGUUAAAACCUUUAUGCCUUUUCAAGCAACCGUAGGCUAAAUGGCAGCCUAAUGUUUCACUAGUAGGCUAUAUCUUCAGUAAGCUAACAACACACGGUCACUUCUCCCUCGAAAUGGGUGUGCCAGUCUAUCUGUGAGCUGCACUUCACGGACCACAUGACCACGUAAGACAAAAACAGGCAGGGCAAACUUCUUUCUUACCGGCAAAACUACUUUCUUUAACGAUUUAAAGCUCAACCAGCAAGCCCAUCUGGGUCUGCGCACACACUACGUCGUGUCCACACAGAGCAGCAACAGAACCGGGAUACUAAUAUUACACUGACCCUAUAGAGGAGAUCCUACAAGAUGGCGGAUCAGCUGCAGCGGCUUGUGGCCGACAAGAAGAAUGUCGUUGAGACAGUCAUGGAUGUAUUUGAGCAAGGGGCAGAGGUGGUGGCUAGCAUCGCAGGAGACCUGUUCCCUGUCUUCGCCAUUGCAGCGCCCAUCGUCAGGCUGGCCCUCGACAACGUUGAGAGCAAGGAGGCAGAGUACAUGAAGGAGCAGUUCCAGAAGGUACGGGACAGGUUGGAGGCGGUGUCUGAGGAGAUUCAGCGCAUCAACGAGGAAAUCAAGAAGAGCGCGGCGGACGCUGCCUAUUUUUCUGUGGAGGAGAAUCUGACCAACCAGUUCCGCAAGUACAUGGACAUCCUUAAUGCCAAACCCAAAUUCCGAGAGGUCAAAAAGAAGCUGUUCUUGGAGCACUUCAACAAGACCGGAGGGGAUAAAAACCUGAUCACCCUCUACAAUGCUGUCACCGGAGAUAACUUCUCUGCAGAGUCUGUGUUGGAGAUCACACUAAACUAUGAGCAGAAGAGCCGUCGUGUUGUGGAGGACUUCUGUGCCAGGCUUAAGAAACUGUUCUGUAUUGGCCUAAUUGCUUUAAUGGGAUACAAUGCGCUCAAAGGGUGCGACGAGGAGGAGGAGAAGGACGUGCUCAGAGAUUGGGGGGAGAAGAUGCAGGUUGUUCAGCGCAAAAUGACCGCCGUCAUCGAGGACUGCAUCAACAGUUUCCCAAAACAGGCGGAGAUAGACGCCAAAAGAGUGGUGCGGGACAACCGUGGGAAAUCCAACAAAGAGCUGGCUGACACCAUCAUGGAGACCCUGAAGAAGAAGUAUGACUGGGUGGGCUGGUCAGUCCGGGUGUUCAGCUCCCCGAGUGGCCUGUUUGUGAAGAAGACGGAGUUCCAGUGUUUCACGGGCCGAAGCCGCUUUAACGUGACCUCGGUGGAGGACAAGCUGAAUGUGAUGGUGUCCUUCAGCGCCUCUCCAGAGCCUCUGAACAUGGACCAGAUCGAGGACCUGCUCUCCAGCCAGAAGAAGGGCUCCAUCACUGUGGCGGAGUUGCUGUUUGAGAAGGUGCCCGUCUGUGUGGUCCAAACCAUAAAGACCUCAUGCAAAGAUGUGAUCUGCUCCUAUAGCUUCUCAGAGGAGUUGCACUAUUGGGAGAAGAGGGGGAAGGAGUUCUACGUUUGUGUUCAUUCUGCUUAAUGGCAACAGUGGAUUUUCUUUAAGUCUGAGACUCAAUUAUCUUUGAUACUUUAAAAUGACUGUAUUUGUUUCACUUUCUGACUUCCUGUCAGUUAUAUAGAGCCUUGCUUAAAUGUUUGCAAAAUAUUUGGAUAGAAUAUUUGUAUAGAAGACCAAAUCCAUUGUUUACAGCAGGAAUCAGUUACAGUAUACUGAUUGACUAUCAUGGCUGUAUCUUUGUACCCAUAAUGUUGUCUUUGACUACACCAAAUAGAAUUUGAAGCAAAUAGAAUUUCUUUAAAAUGUACUGAAAUUUGUUAUAAUAUAAGUUGUUAUAUCAUAUGUAGGGAUCCCCAUGAAUUAUCAACUGGAAAAUACAGUGAAUGAAUGAAAGAACAACACGACACACUAACACAGUGCUUAUCUACAUGCUUAAAGCUGCUACUGCAGUGUGAUGAGACUGGUUUUCUCCCUUUCUGCACUGAAAUAUAUGCCUUUUAACUUUUCCCUUGUGUUAUGACCCCGGGCCCAGACGUACUAUGCAGCCCUCAGGGAACGGGCAUGUUGAAACACAUGAGGUAUGCUAGUGAUAUAUGCAGUGUCUAUUCAGGAAUGCCUCACAUACUCGUGUAUUUGUCUGGUGUUCACCCAUGGGUUUGGUAGAAAUUUAACAAACCGUAAAAAAAAAAAAGUAGCGGCUCCUUGUACUUCCUCCACAGCCCUGUUAUGUGUUUUUCAAACUAAACAUAUGUUAGUUAAUGGCAGUUAAAGUGCUAACUUGAUGAGCAUGAAGCAAAAGCUAAGAGGUACAGAUUUUCUAGACGAAAAAGUAAAACCACUACAAGCAGUAACUAAUGAAUGAACUACUAUAAAUGUAUUAGUAUAAAUUUCCACUUUCUUGUGAGGGGAAGGGGCACUUUUAACACACCCUUUAACAACAUACAUAUAUACUUUAUGGGAAAAGAGAUUCAAUAAAAAAGCUCUAUUUAAACUGCA